AUGCUCGCUCACGGAGAGGUGAAGCGGAAAAAAAACUACAUUGAUCUGUUUUUCAGUCAAAAGUGACUGAAAAUUUCAAAAAUUGUUUUAGUAUUAAAAAACAUCGCGGUUAAAAGUGAGGGUUGAAAAAUGCUGCAUUUUUUCGCAAAAGCAAGUGGAAAAAACAGCAUAGAAAAAAAGCUUCAGAAGCAAAUUAUAUUAAAUAGAGAGAUAGCUGGCUGACAUUAA